GGCUCUUGAGCCUGGGAGAAGCCUGCUGGAGUUGACUUCGCUCCGCGCGUCAACUGCUUCCGGGUCGCGUUGUGUGUCACUUCCGGAGCAGCAUGGCCGCCACCGAGGAUGACAGACUGGCGGGGAGCGGAGAAGGCGAACGGCUGGAUUUCCUGCGGGACCGGCACGUGCGGUUCUUCCAGCGCUGCCUCCAGGUCUUGCCGGAGCGGUAUUCCUCGCUGGAGACCAGCAGGUUGACAAUUGCCUUUUUUGCACUCUCUGGGCUGGAUAUGCUGGACUCCUUGGACGUGGUGAACAAAGACAAUAUAAUAGAGUGGAUUUAUUCCUUGCAGGUUCUUCCCACAGAAGACAGGUCAAAUCUGAGUCGCUGUGGUUUCCGAGGUUCUUCAUACCUGGGUAUUCCAUUCAACCCAUCAAAGAAUCCAGGGACAGCUCAUCCUUACGACAGUGGACACAUAGCAAUGACUUACACGGGUCUUUCCUGUUUGAUUAUUCUUGGAGAUGACUUAAGCCGAGUAGAUAAAGAAGCUUGCUUAGCUGGCUUGAGAGCACUUCAGCUGGAAGACGGGAGCUUCUGUGCUGUUCCUGAAGGCAGUGAGAAUGACAUGAGGUUUGUAUACUGUGCAUCCUGCAUUUGCUAUAUGCUCAACAACUGGUCGGGCAUGGAUAUGAAGAAAGCCAUCAGCUACAUUAGAAGAAGUAUGUCCUAUGACAAUGGGCUGGCACAGGGAGCAGGCCUUGAGUCUCAUGGAGGAUCCACCUUCUGUGGCAUUGCAUCACUGUGCCUGAUGGGUAAACUGGAAGAAGUUUUUUCAGAGAAAGAACUGAACAGGAUAAAGAGGUGGUGUAUAAUGAGGCAGCAGAACGGGUACCACGGAAGGCCUAACAAGCCCGUUGACACCUGCUACUCCUUCUGGGUGGGCGCAACGCUGAAGCUUUUGAAAAUUUUCCAGUACACUAACUUUGAGAAGAAUAGGAACUACAUCUUAUCCACUCAAGAUCGCCUUGUCGGGGGAUUUGCUAAGUGGCCAGACAGUCAUCCAGAUGCUUUGCACGCGUACUUCGGGAUCUGCGGCCUGUCACUAAUGGAGGAGAGUGGGAUUUGUAAAGUUCAUCCUGCUCUGAAUGUAAGCACACGGACUUCUGAGCGCCUCCGCGAUCUCCAUCAAAGCUGGAAGACCAAGGACUCUAAACAGUGCUCAGACAAUGUCCACAUUUCCACUUGACUAACCCUGGGGUAUUGGGUUUGUAGCAUAAGUGUAGCUCAAGGUUAAAAGCCAUGUGUAAGCAAGUGUGCUCUUCUUUAAGGGGUAGUUUUAAAGUCAAAGGCUUGUACUGCUAAUACUUCAGCAUGGGUUCUUGAGCCAGUAACCACUGUACUGGAUUUCAAGAAAAUCCUUGUUGAAGUCUGGACAUUAGCAGGACUCUGGUAUGGUUCUUAACUCUUUAUGUUGUGUUUCUGAGAUGUUUCAUGGGGCAGAUUGACUAUGUUUGUACGUUAUCUUUUUAAAACCCUCAGUACAUGUUCUGGCUUACAAAAUGGACACAAAUCUUCAAAACAAGUUUACACUUCAUAUGGCAUUGAUAAUCUUCAGUGAGCAUUUAAUGUUCACGUAAAAAACCUCUACUGCUGAUGGUAAGAAAUUUGUUUAUUGAAUUAAGUAUCUGGGAUUAUUCUUUAAAAAUUGACAGUCUCAUAAUUUUCUUAAAGAAUAACAUUUUGUGUUAUUCUUAAGGUGUGCCAACUAAACAUGGGUAACAUAUACAAAUAAAAAUUAAAAGUCCAUAUAAGAAAAAAGUAGGCUUAACUAAUACUAUAGUUUUCUAAAGGGAGAGUAUUACCUAAUUGAGGGAGAAGUAAUUGAACUGUUUAAUUAUGAAUGAAAAGUUAUAUGUCUUUAUUAGAGGUUCCUUAGGUAAAUACCUGUUGUGUUUUGUUUUAAUCCCAAAUCAUUGACUGCCAUUUGUCUGGGGCAAGGGAAGAAACAAUCUUUGCUAUCUAGAGAAAAGACAUUCAAUGUUUUAUUCUUCUGAGAAACUGUAAUUAUACAUGUAUGGCUAUAGCUGAGUUCUUUUUAGUUGCUUAGAUUUUCUUUCCCCAAUGUUUUGUGGCCACUAUAGUCAACUGUUUUAUUUCCCAUCUACCAGGUUGAGCAUCCUUAAUCCAAAAUCCAAUAUCUGGGUCAGGCAUAGUGGCAUAUACAUUUAGUCCUAGUACUCAGGAGGUAGAGGCAACCAGAUCUCUUUGAGACC